UGCGUUUUCUUUGAUUUUAACUAAGAAGUUCAGGCUACGUUUAUUGCAAGUAAUAGUUUCAUUAUUAUAGAGUUCUGUGAUACAAUUAAACGUUCUGAAUCAGGGACAACAUUAUGAAUCUGAACAUUUGCAGCAUCUUUGUUGUAUUUACGAUCUUUGCUACCAACCCUAUCUGUUUUAUGAACUUUGACCCUAAAGCCGGAAGCUGCGGCCUUGGAUUGUUUGAUCGGAUGAUUUUUUUUAGAGAAUGCCGCUUCACUCUUGUGCUUAAAAAUGGAAAUUAUUCUCUUUGUUUUUGAAAAGGUGUAUUUGUCAGUGGGAUAUAAAUUAAAUGUUGGCAUACGCCGUCGAAGUGUAUUAUAUAGACACAAUUAGUUACAAUGAACAACUGUUGAAUAAAAUUAAUUUACUGUGUUUUGCGAUAUCUGCUACGAGACAACGCAUCCUAGAUAGCUAGCUAACGUUAUGCGUUAAGUGUUGUAAAGGAUAAAGUUACGGAUAUACUAAAGUUAACCCUAGCCGAUUUGACGCAUUUCUAAUUAAGUUAGCUAACUUGGUUAGCUAAAUGGUGCCACCCGAUUUAACCCACUGUGAUAGCUAACGUUAUUACAACUCUUGCAGAAUAUUCAUCAUAGUAUAUCUAAAUAGUGUUAGCUGUAAUGCUAGAAAAAUAGUUAGCUGUUUAUAGAAAAUAUAAACGGUUUCCGGCAGAGUAAUGUUAGCUAAAAUUAAUUCUUUAACGUUGCGUGUUUUCGCAAAAUGAAUUGUGCAUGAAUGAGCUGACAUCCUGCCUCUCCAAACAGCAGACACGUCUGUUCUUGGCUAUCUAGCUAGUCGUUGGUAAUAGUCGCCCGUUGUGCAAGGGACAGUGUUUACUAGGCAGUUGGUUGUUGUCCUCCGCAAUUUUUUUGCUGUUUUCAUAGCUAGCUAGCACCAGCAAAAUAAAGAGCAUCAACAUUUAUUAAUUUAUACCAAGUCGAAGCAAUGGCUGCAGAUUUGCAAUCGAAGUACAGCAAGCUGGCCCAGGAAUACUCGAAGCUGCGGGCCCAAAACCAGGUUCUGAAGAAGGCCGUGGUUGACGAGCAGGGCAGCUCCACUUCUCUGAAGGACCAGCUGAAGCAGAGGGAUCAGAGCCUGCGCAAGGUGGAGCAGGAGAUGGACAGUCUGAGCUUCCGCAACCAGCAGCUGGCCAAGAGGGUGGAGCUUCUGCAGGAGGAGCUCACGGCCAGCGAGGCCAAGGGCAAGAAGAGCAAGCACAGAGGAGACUCGCCCUCCCAGCAGGGCCUGCAGGCCCAGAUAGUGUUUGACGAAGACCUGCAGAAGAAGAUCCAGGAGAACGAGAGGCUGCACAUACAGUUCUUCGAGGCGGACGAGCAGCACCGGCGGCAGGAGGCCCAGCUCCGGGCCCGUCUGGAGGAGCUGGAGCGAGACUCGGAGCAGCACCAGGCCGUGGUGGACGGCCUCACGCAGAAGUACAUGGAGACCAUCGAGAAACUGCAGAGCGACAAGGCCCGUCUGGAGGUCAAAUCACAGACCCUAGAGAGGGAGGCCAAAGAGUGUCGGCUUCGGACCGAGGAAUGUCAGCAGCAGCUGAAGAAGUAUCAGACGGAACUGAGCAGACAGCUGGAGAAGAGCAGCAGCGUCAUCCUGGAGAAAGUGCCCUUCAACGACACCAAGUACAGUGAUUACAACACUCUGAAUGUCCCUCCACACAACAGGAGACACCAGCUGAAAGCGCGGGACGUGGCGGGGCAGGCCGUGACCUUCGUCCAGGACCUGGUGGCAGCGCUGCUCAACUUCCACAGCUACACCGAGCAGAGGGUUCACAUCUACCCCCUGGACUCCUCCAUCGAGCCCAUUUCUCCCCUCAACCAGAAGUUCUCCCAGUACCUGCAUGAGAAUGCGGCGUAUGUGCGCCCCCUGGAGGAUGGCAUACUGCAAGUGCACCAGAGCAUCACUGAGGACACAGUCACUACGCUGGAAACGGUGGGGAAGCUCAAGGAGUUCUCAGAUCACUUCACAUCUUACACCUGUUUCCUGCAGAAGAUUCUGCCCUACCAGCUCAAAAGCCUGGAGCAGGAGAACGAGGCCUCUCUCUGCACCUCCGCACUCUCCUCCAAGAACAGAGAGCUGCAGAGCGACAUGAGGAAGAUGACGUCCGUCUUCGAGAAACUACAGAACUACAUCACCCUUCUGGCCCUGCCCAGUGUUCGCCCGGACGCCCUGUCCCAGAGCAGCUCCACAGCCGUCUUCACCCAGCUCGCCGCCUGUCUGCACGGCCUGCAGGACGCCAUGAGAGAGCUUUCUAAACACUACAGUGUCAAAGUCACCCUGGAGCAGGAGCUGCCCACCGUCACCCAGAAACUGAGCACCACCAACGAGUGCCUCCUGUCCUCGCUGGUGUCCCUCACCAGCUGUUCUGGGAAGAUCGCCACGUUCUUCAGCAACAACCUGGACUUCUUCGCGUCGUCGGCGGGGUACGGGCCGAGGGGCGGCGCGGGCGCCCUCAAUCCCCUGCAGGCGGAGAGCAUGCUGGGUAACAAGAAGCAGGCGGCCGCCUACAUGCUGGCGAUCAGGAAGCCCAGGCCGGAGUCGGUGCCGUACUCUGAAGCUCUGUCCAACCGCCGCGUCCUCACCAGCUCCACAGAGAGCCGGGAGGGCCUCACGCAGCAGGUGCAGCAGAGCCAGGAGAAGAUCGCUCGGCUGGAGCAGGAGAAGGAGCACUGGCUGCUGGAGGCCCAGCUGGGCCGGGUGCGGCUGGAGAAGGAGAACCGACGCAUCGCCGAGCUGGAGGCGCAGCUCUCCGCGGCCCUGGGGGGCUGCCCCGCCCCCCAGCCCCUCCCAACGGAGGGCACCGCUGCCCCGCCCGGGCUAGAGGAGGGCGACCCGGAGGAGAGGGGGGGAGGGAAGGACCCCACCCAGACCUCCAGCCUGGUCGGCAUGUUGACUGUGACAUCCAGCAGCGAGGAUGUACAGGAUGAGCAGUCGAGGGAGGAGCUGAUAAAGACCCACUACAUGGCCCGAGUUGGGGAGCUGACCGCGCAGCUACAAGUCUCCGACAGCAAGGCCGUGCACUUCCACGCAGAGUGCCGAGCGCUGGCCAAACGCCUGGCCCUGGCAGAGAAGUGCCGGGAAACUCUGACAGAAGAAGUGAAAGCGGCCAAUCGGAACAUCUCAGGCCUGCAGGACGAGCUGACCACCACCAAGAGGAGCUACGAAGACCAGCUGAGCAUGAUGAGCGACCACCUGUGCAGCAUGAACGAGACUCUGAGCAAACAGCGCGAGGAGAUCGACACGCUGAAACUGGGCAGCAAGGCCAAUUCUAAAAAGAACAAAGGUCGGUAGGACGCCCUGGAAAAGUGGACCCCUUCGCACAGGACAGGCCAGGGGACGACUGGGACUGCAGAGCAUACCGGCGCGUCUCCACUGCUGCGGGUGGAGAGGAGAAGAGAGGAGGAGAGGGGGAGAGAGGGAGAGAGGGAGGGAGGAGGGGCUGUCUCAGCCACUCCGCUGUGGGACCGUGGAGAUGAGGUCAGGGGCUGGGACGACCAGCGGAGGAAGCGGCCUUUUUCUGUAUCUCUGUACAAAUAUAAACACUGACUGUGAAGUGCUUCCUGUCGAGGGAGGAAACAGCUGCUUGGCUCCAGGCCGAGGGAGAGGAGGAGGAGGAGGAAGCACUCCUCCAGUGACAGAGGAGAGACUAAACGAGCAGCGCCCUUGGGUGAUCGACGAGGGCAAGACGGGGGUGGGGAGGCGGGGCCCUGCUGAUCACUCUAAGGGAGGGGGGGCGGGUACUGGUGUGUCUGUGAGUGUGUGUGUGCGAAAUCUAGCUUAUGUGUAUUUGUGUGCACUUUCAACUGUGGGAUGAAAUUAUGUGAAGUGUGUGUGUGUUUAUAGUUUGCCUCGGGUAAAAUGAUGUUUUUUUAUGUAUGUACUGUUUGUGAGAGCGUGUGUAUGCGCCUAUACUCAAAAAGUAUCAACUGUGAUAUUUGUCCCCACUCAACCACCUGAUUCACAGACCACCUGAUCCCUGCUCUGUCGCCGUGACAUCUCUCAUUGACCCAGCGGUUCCCGCUCUGUCACCAGGACAUCUCUCAUUGACCACGCGGCCCCGCUCUGUCACCAGGACAUCUCACAUUGACCCAACUGGCCCCGCUCUGUCACCAGGACAUCUCACAUUGACCCAACUGGCCCCGCUCUGUCACGGACAUCUCCAUUGACCCAGCGGGCCCCGCUCUGUCGCCGUGACAUCUCACAUUGACCCAGCGGGCCCCGCUCUGUCACCAGGACAUCUCACAUUGACCCAGCGGGCCCCGCUCUGUCACCGGGACAUCUCACAUUGACCCAGCGGGCCCCGCUCUGUCACCAGGACAUCUCACAUUGACCCAGCGGGUUCCACUUAGUCACCGGGGUGUCUCACAUUGACCCAGCGGGUUCCACUUAGUCACCGGGGUGUCUCACAUUGACCCAGCGGGUUCCACUUAGUCACCAGGACAUCUCACAUUGACCCAGCGGGCCCUGCUCUGUCACUGGGACAUCUCACGCUGACCCAGCAGUCAGGGAGAGUCCUCACAAGGUGUCCAUUGGCAAUGAAAGCUUUAAGUCUCCUGACAGAGAGAACAAAGGAACCAAACGUGUGCCCCUCUCUGUCAUCUUCCUCUGUAGCAGAUUCAGAGCGGUUUUUAUCCACAGGUGAUUGGUGGCUUCUGCCGGAGUUUCUCUGACCAAUAGGAAGCGCUGACAAAACAAAGUUUACUCUUAAUGUACACUCCAUUCAUAUCAUUGGAAACGCAGUACUGUGGUUCAGUGCACUUUUUUCUUUUAAAAAUAAUUACUAAAAAUACAUAGGCAUUUUAUUUCUUACUGGAAAAAAACAAAGAGUUUCCUUGUCUUGUUUAUUACCGAAUUGAUAAAAGUGCUGUUUUAUGUGGUUUAACUGUUCUUGAUCAGAAACAUCAGUAAUGUGAUCCACAAUAGGGGGGUAUUACCAUAGAUAUACUACCACGUCAUCUAUGGUAGGUACAGCAUGGUUACCACUGGUCUGUUGUUUGAGAUACAAGAUUAGUGGCUGCCCUGUUGGACCCAUGUGACACUGUUUCUGGGUAGGAGAAGAUCAGUCAUGUUUUAGGUUGUUUGUGUGUCCAUUCAGUGUUGAGUAUUACAACCUAUUAUGAUCACAUGUACUCUGUACGCUAAAAUAAAAAAGGUGGACAACAUGAUUGUCUUGUGACUAGAUAUCAUGGGAGGAACUGUUCACAUGCUGCAUAGCAUUUCAGAAAAAAGGCAUAUUGACACAAUGAGGCUCAGCCAUGAUGACAUCAUGUAGAUCAGCAGAGUUUAGUAAUGCAAAGGUUACUUUUUGAAAUAAUUUCCUGUCAUGGUUUUGGGAAGAUGAUUGCUUUGUCCUGCUUAUUAUAAGUGUUGUUAUUAUUAUUGUUCUCAUUAUUAUCAUUGUGUUUACUUGCCCUGGCUGUUGCUCGGCUGUCUCCUGACCUGGGUCACCUCUUUCCCAAAGGCAGUGAGUCAGGCGGGGUCUGCCUGUGUACGGCCCUGUGUUCGCUCCUAGCGUGUGUGACCGCGCCGCGCUCUCCAGUGAAUCACUGCUGGGCUCGAGGCCCCUGUGUGUGCUUCUCUCUGUUUGUUUGAGUUGGACGUUCCCUG